GCCGAGGGGCAGAAGCCAGGGCGGGGGCGGAGAGGCGCGGCCGGCGGUGAGGCGAGGCCGUGGCGCCGGCCCCGCGAAGCCUCACGGUGCCCGCCGGGCGCGGGAGGCGGGGCCGGGGGAGGUCGGAGGGCGGCGGGCCGGGCGCGGCGGGCCGAGAGUUGGGACCAUGGCUGUUGACUGGAUUGGGUUUGCAUAUGCUGCAUUGCUGGCUGUUGGAGGUGUUGUGGGUUAUACGCGUAAAGGUAGUAAAAUCUCUUUAGCUGCUGGUCUUACCUUUGGUUCUGUGGCUGGUUAUGGAGCUUACUGCACAACACGUGAUCCGAGAAAUGUGAAGAUAUCGUUGUUUUCAGCUUUUCUUUUGACCAUUAUAAUGGGAAUGAGGUUCAAGAGGUCCAAGAAAUUAAUGCCAGCCGGACUAGUAGCAUGCCUGAGCCUUUUGAUGAUUUUGAGGCUUGUUUUUAUGCUGCUGUAGGAGAAUUCAGCAACUUAACCAAAGCAUGACUGCCAUGCCCACCGAACAGGCAAGCUCUCCAUACCUGAAAGACAAGUUCGAACACAAGUCUUACAUUGCAUUUAUCUUUUCUGUAAAAGAUCUGUACCUGUUAUUUGAUUAUUGACAUUUACUGAUAUUUUGCAGGCUUUUUUUUUUAAACUAAAACAAGUGUUUUGUUGGUGAUCUAUUUUGAUCUACUUCUGCUAAGCAGUGUGUUAACUCAAGGGAUCUUUUCUGUUUGCUAUCUUUUAGGGGUGCUGAGCACCCCAAGAAAUUGAGUUAGUCUUGCACUGUAUCACUGAGAGAAUAUAUAUAAAUACAUGUUUAUGCUAAAAAGAUAUAUUGUAUUGGACCAUAAUUUUGUAGCUUCUGAGAUUAAGUAAUCAAUUCUAAUCAUGGUGUCAAUUACUAACCAAAGGCUCAGGCCUGUACUGGGUUGCACUAGAAAACCCACCUUCCUUUGAAACAUACGUUCUUGUUCUGCUGCUUCUAAAUGUAAAAACUGUUUUCAGUGAUCAAAUAAAAUGGAAAAAGUUUGAA